UAGUAUUACAAUCCGGUCCCACUGUUUUUGCGAGCAACUUGGUCGUCGAAUAGGACAGGAGAAAUAAAAACAAAUCAAAUGGCCGGACGCGAAGCCGUGAAGCGAGCUGUGCAGCAGGUGCGCCCCAUCCUGUCUGUGGACCGGGAGGAGGCCCGCAAACGCGCCCUUAAUCUGUACAAGGCCUGGUACCGUCAGAUUCCAUAUAUCGUUAUGGACUAUGACAUCCCCAUGUCCGUGGAACAGUGCCGGGAUAAAUUGCGCGAAGAGUUCGUUAAGCAUCGCGGCGUGACCGACAUCCGGGUGAUCGACAUGUUGGUCAUCAAGGGCCAAAUGGAGCUCAAAGAAUCCGUCGAGAUCUGGAAGCAGAAAGGCCACAUCAUGCGCUACUGGAAGGAGUCACAGGACCCCAAACCCACGGACUUCCUCUCAAAAUUCAUCCAGGGCGUUAAUUAGUUAUUGAAAUUGAAAUAGUUUAAAUACAAGCUCCUUCAGAGUGUUACAAUAACCCGAGAGAAUUUUGUGCGUUUCAGAAACGCUUUUUUCCUUCUGUUUAUUGAGUUUGUGACUUCAAAAAUAUCAUGGCUUCAUUGUGGAUACAUGUAAA